AUGCCACGUCGUAAUCCACCUACAUCCAUAACGAUUCUCCUACCACCUCCCACCUCGUCGACCUCUGCCUCAACCUCAGCCUCGACCUCUUCGAACCCAUCAUCGACAAACCCGAUACCAAAUCCAAAACCAAUACCAAAACCGAUAGGUAAACCAGUGAUACCUACUAAUGUAGAGCUGGAAGUAUUGAUACUGGCUAAGAAAUUGGCAAAGGAAAAAGGACAAAUAUUCGAUUUGGAAUCUUAUCUAUCAAUCGAUCAAUUAGAAGAAUAUAGAGUCAAAUAUUUAGGAUUAAAACCUAAACCACCUCCAACACCACCACCACCACCACCUCCUCCUCCUCCGCCUGUUGUCCCUGAGGAGAUACAACCACUACCACCUACAACGACGGAUGCAUCCGUACCUGCACCUGAUACACCAUCAACCUCAACUCCCGUAAUCGAGAUUGAAAUACCACAACCUAAUCCAGCAACAUCAACAUCAACAUCAGCAGUCACUCCUACACCUGAUACAGCUACAGCUACACCUGCAAUUGUACCUGUACCUGAGGCAAAUAGCACACCAACACCAACACCGAUAAAGAGAGUAAUCAAAAUACCAGAUUUAAGUCAUUUACAUUGGAAACAACGCGCUAAACGAUUAGCUGAAUUACAAAAAGAAGCUGAUAUGAUCGCUAGUGGUGAAUUACCUGAAUCAUCUUCAAUUCUAUUCCAACAGUACCAACAGCAGCACCAGCAAGAGGAUGCAGCGAAUUCAGGUGUGGGUACAAGUGGAGGCGCAGGAGGCGGUGGUAAGAAAGGUGAAUUGUCAGAAAAGGAAAAAGAAAGUAUAAGGGGGAGUGCUAGUUAUUGGAACUCGUUAUUGAUAUCAGCACGUAAAUCUCGAGGACCACAAUGGGAUUAUUCGCUACAACAAUACAUGUAUGACAGACGUUGUUCAGAGUAUUACAAUCAUGGACAAGAUCCCAGACCACCUUCACCGAUCGUUCCCCUAUCGUCCACGCUCACUCCUUCCAAAAUUGCCAAGAGCGAUUUACAAGGACAAGGGCAAGGUGAAGAAGAGGGAGAAGGCGAAGCGGGUGGUCAAAGUGGUGUAGGUGUAGGCACAAAGAUGGAGACAAAUGGUCAAAGUCAAAGUCCGAUCAAGAAGAGGAAAUUGGACAUUGGAAUAGAAGAAAUCAACGAAAAUAAUAACUCGAAAUCGCAAAUCAAUGGAAUUAGAGGAAAUAUUUCUACAUCUACAGGACAAUCACAAGAUCAAGGACAAACGCAAAGAGAAAGAUCAAAUCCGAUUCAAACUCAAAGUCAGGUUUCUGCAUCUGGCAUAGUAACCAAACAAUCACCUCAUCAUAAUCCAAUGAAUAUCCAAACUACACCUCAAUCGAAUCAGUCUGCUUUACCACGGACACAACAUGGUCAACAACCACGUUCACUGUCUUCCUCAAAUAUCAAUUCCAAUUCAGUACCUGGAAUGAGCGGUCUCGUCAAUAGCAACAGUAGUGGUAAUAGCAAUGUUAAUGGAAUUAUAAAUGGUAAUAUGGGUGCUGUGCAAAAUACAAAUGGAGGUCAAAUAAAUCCUCAAGGUAUACACCCAAAUUAUUUAAUUGCUUUACAACAGUUACAAGCUCAACAAAUACAAGCUCAACAACAACAACAGCAACAUCAACGAGGCAAUCCUGGAUCAACGGCAACUGGAACUGGAGCAGGAAUGGGGAUGGGGAUGGGAAAUCAAUCGUUUAAUCCUCAAUUGUUGGCAGGAUUAAGUCCUUCUCAAUUGGCUAAUUUGAAUUCUCAAUUAACGGGAUUAAACCCUAGUCAACUCGGAUCAAUGAUCAUGAAUCAACAACAAAAUGGAAAUGGAAAUGGAAAUGGAAAUGGGAAUCAACAAUUCAUGGGUCUUCAACAAAUGCAAUUCAAUGGAGGUGGUUCAUUAAAUCCUCUUGGACAACAUGCGAAUUCAGUUCCUCAAUCAAAUCAAAGUCAAAAUCAAAUCCCAAAUCAAAUGCAAUUCCUAAAUCAAAUGAAUCAAGGUAUCUCUCAACAUGGUCUAGCUCAAGGACUACCUCUAUACAACAACAAUGAUAACAACCAGUCGAACGCUCCAUCGGGAGGUCCAAUGUUAUCGUCAACUGGCUCAGCGUCACAUUCACAACCACAACCACAUUCACAAUCACAAUCACAGUCGACGGGAGCAGGUCCAACCCUGAAUAUGAACAUGGAUAAUUGGUCUGAAUUCACGAAUUGA